ACUGCACUUUUUGGCGAUGGCGUAGGUGCAAUGGACGUUCGCUGGCUGUUGCUCAGUCGCUUGGGAGUUUGCGGUGCCUGUAGAAUGGUCUGAUAUUUACGGUUCAGGUGUGAUCUUCCAGCAAAAAGUGAUGGAUCUGGUGAAGCGGGUUCUCACAUUCCUCACUUUCUUUGUUUGCUGCGGUUGUUUAGCGUUCCUGACCGUGUCGCUUGCAACUCAAGAUUGGAUCAAUGCGAAGCCAGUCAUGUUAGUUUAUGUGAACAAUACCUCAGUACAGCAAGCUGAAAAUGAAGGGAAAUUCAAAGGAGAAGUGUAUUUUGGACUGUUUCAUGGCAAGAAGACGCUCAAUUACGGGCUGGGCCCCAGGCACUCAACUUUCAGCAUUAAAGAAGAACUGCAGAAGAAUCCGACACUGAUGAUCUUCGGCCUGUGGCUCGUGACCGUGCUUGGCAUUUCCUUGGCUGUUGUGUUCGGGCUUGUGAGCUGCAUAUUCGCGAUCGUCAACUCUGUGAUGACGCCCGUAGAAGCAAUCACGGGAAGGGCCGGCCUGUACCUGUGGAAUAUUGUCGGAGGUCUCUUUUGUCUGGUGGCCAUCAUUUCCUGGAUGGUGCAGUUCUUCCUCAAGCUGAGCCACAAUGUUAUGACUCAGGAUGAGCAAAAUGACAAAUGGACAUCGGACGGACGGGCAUCACUGGGCUACAGCUUCUAUUUCUUAGUGGUAACUCUAGUGCUCUUUUCACUGAAUGUUUGUAUAUUGGUAGUGGCCAGCUUGCAGCCAUGGGGCUGGAAGAAGCCAAAACACAUCACGCCCAAAAAUCCCGAGGGUGUUAUCAUGCUUUACUGAUAUGGCACCUACAAGUUGUCUGUUACGAGGCAUCCAUUGCACUUUGAGGUCAAUGUAACUAUGUCGUGAGGUGCAGUGUCAAAAGCUGCCACCUCAUCAACAUGGGCUAGGGUGAUGAAGUUCUAUUCCAGUGCUUUUCCUUUUCAUGUGCAGUCUGGGGUCCAAGCAUUGCCUAGUUUGAUUUAUUGACUAGUUUGGCUAGCCCUGGCAGUGGAUAAAAAAAAGUUUAUAUUAUGUAAGCCACGGCUUCAUAUGUCUACUAGUGACCUUGGCUUAUGCAAGCUUAGUGCCUUCUUGUGUUCAAAUAUUUUGGCAGCUGUGUUGCAGUGUUCCAGACUGAAUAUUGUUGCUUUUAAAGGGGUACUAA